UAAGAAUAUCAGUACAUACAUUAGCCAUGUCAUCUUCAGACAAAUCAUUUGGAAACAGACCGUAAGGCACAUCACUUUUAUCUUUACGCGCGUAUAUGUUCUCCAGCACGUCGUAAAUUCAGAACAUGAUGUCUUAGCACAUAACACUGACAUGAGCAAGGGAGGGGCUGCCGCAAAACACACGGAUAGAAUGAAUGCAAAGAGCCAAAAGAACACUUCCUGUUGAUGCAAAAAUUGCAGCAGCAACUGUCUGACACAUCUGGACUGGAGAGGGGGGGAGGCCUGGCUGUAAGUGUACGCGAACUACUGAGGGGAAUGGACACCGUUUAAUGCUAAUCUGCAAGACGGCACCCAGCAAACUGGAGAAACAGAUCCAAGAAAUGGACGACGGCAGCUACAUCGAGUUCGAUGUGCCGGAGUUCAGUAACACUGUCCUGACCCAGCUCAACGAGCUGCGGCUGCAAGGGAAGUUGUGUGACAUCAUCGUUCACAUCCAGGGUCAGCCAUUUCGAGCCCACAAAGCCGUGCUGGCUGCGAGUUCGCCCUACUUCCGCGACCACUCGGCUCUCAGCACCAUGAGUGGCCUUUCCAUUUCGGUCAUCAAAAGCCCGGAGGUUUUUGAGCAGCUCCUUUCGUUUUGCUACACAGGUCACAUGUCCCUGCAGCUCAAGGACAUUAUCAGUUUCCUCACGGCUGCCAGCUUCCUGCAGAUGCAGGCCAUCAUCGACAAGUGCACACGAAUCUUGGAGAGCCUCCACUCCAAGAUCAGCCUUCCAGUCGGAGCCUGCAGCCCGGAGAAAGACGACCUGCAGGCCAGCGGCAAUGGGGUCAACGACAGCAGCCUCUUCGUAAACCCCACCCAGAUCUCCCCCCCUUACUUCUCCCGGCAGACUCAGGCAGGGCACGAGGCGCGCUUUGAGCUGGCAGCAAAAGGCCGGGGCCGGCAGCAGCCGGAGGAAGGCCAGUCGGACCGCGGCAGCAGCGACAGCGUCUCGGAGCACGAUGCUCCCAUGGAGGCCGAGACGGAGCAAGUGGAACUGAUCGGCAAAGACGGGCAAGUAACAGACGUGCACGUGAAGAUAGAGAAGGUCGACAGGCCCACGUACUCGGACAGCUCCUCGGCCGGUGAUGACGGCUACCACACGGAGCUGGUAGAUGGCGAGCAGGUGCUGGCUGUCAGCGUGGGCUCGUACGGCCCCGUCAUCCAGUCCACUGCCUAUUCUUACUCAGGGCUCUCCUCCCCGGGCUUUCUGAACCUCAGCAACUCCAGUCCCUCGCGCUCCCUACUCGGCGGCUACAGAGGCGGACGGGCCAGGGCGAAGCGCCCCCUGGCCAUCCCGGCCGCGGUGCUGGGUCACAUCAAGCCGGCCUCGGAUUACAGCGAACCGGCGGCGGGCGCCACGGGGCUGGAGAACGACGUGCGGGAGCGCAGCCUGCGGAGCCAGUGGUACCCCUACAACGAGAGACUCAUUUGCAUCUACUGCGGGAAGACGUUCAACCAGAAGGGCAGCCUGGAUCGCCACAUGCGCCUGCACAUGGGAAUCACCCCGUUUGUUUGUAAGUUCUGUGGCAAGAAGUACACGAGGAAGGACCAGCUGGAGUACCACAUCCGUGGCCACACGGACAACAAGCCCUUCCACUGUCAGAUCUGUGGCAAAUGCUUCCCAUUCCAGGGCACCCUCAACCAGCACCUGAGGAAGAAGCACAUGGGAGCAUCGGAAGGCAGCAACCACAUAGACUCUCCGGAGACGACGGAGGGAGGCUCGGGGCAGAAGGAGCAGGAGGACGCGGCCGAGGGGACGGCCUCGGAGGCGCAAUAUGCAGAAGAGGCACCAGCUGCUGACGCGGAGGAGAGUCCGAAAUGCAGUCCGGAGGAGGCCCAAGCAUCAAGAUGUGAUUUUUAGAUCCUGCUUUAGCUUAUGGAAGCUUUACAAAUGUUUAUCUUAACUCCCCUUAAAGGACUUUUUUUUUUUUUUUAAUCAGCUCCCUCUACUAUAGACUUUUUUUGCGUCAAGGGGUUCCUGUCAAUUUUGUGAAAGUUAGAUGUUGAAUGCAGAGAUUUAAUGGGUGCUUUAUAGAAAUUUGAUUCUUUCAAGCAAAGGGAGUAACAACUUACUAUUUUUGAGGAGGUCCCAAUAAUCAAGACCCCUUAAUUGAUUUAUCUUUUUAUCUUUCCAUGUUUUUUAAAACACAUUUACAGAGUUAUAUAGGCAUGUUGCAAUAAUUGAUAAUGUGAAAGCUCUGGUAAGAUGCUUGUCAUAUCACCUUUUUACCUGACCCGUUUUUGCACAUGUGGCCACAGGAGGUCACUUACUCACAAGGAAUGAUUUUUCUGCCAGUGCAAAGCUUCGUGUGACAUAUCCGUUCAAUACCUCAUGAUGCAACUACAUACUCAUAACAGACAGUAUUUUAACUUCAAUGAAACUCACCAGGUUCUACCUCAUAGCCAAGAACCUACCAGGCACAGAUGUGUUUUUUAGUUUAUGUGUGCAUUAUCUUAUUGCCAAACCCUGUAAAGAAUAUUCUCUCAACACAAAGCCUUGAUUCUUGGGGGAAAUAUUCCUUGCUGAUUGUAUGGAUUGUGGACAGAGUCCCUGAAACAUGCCUCAUGGUCAGCCAGGAUUAAGAAGGUGCUAUGUUUGGAGUGCAGACAAUUUUGCUAGCUUUGUUUUGUUUGUUGUCUGCAAAAGCAGACAAAGGAGUGAGAGGAUGGCCCCCGGCAUAUCGUCAAGAUAUCAUUUCGCUGUCUCAUAACGUUUGUUCCACACAACCCUCAAGAACUGUGUCUCUUUUCACUACGGGAGCUCUCUCUCUGUUGGCCAAAGGGUGGCUCUCGAUACGGUCGCCCAUGUGAUGGGCGAAGGUCGUCCCACCGCGCAGUCAUUUGUAUUCCUCUCCACUCGGCUGGCAGACUUACAGUAUACUUAAGUGUUGUACGUGUAAAUUGUUCAGCUUUUAGGUUAACGCUCAGUUAUAACUCAUCGUAAACUCGGCACAAUACGGACGGCUCCGCAUCUGUUCGCAUCAGUCAAUGUGGUAUACUAGUCUGACUAAUAUGCAAAGAGAAAGAACAAAAGGAAUCUCAGCCAUUUCAACAUGGUUUUCAUCCAUUAUUUGAAAGAGCUAUCGGUUUGUGUCCUUUUUUUCUUUUCGUCCUACCUCUCCGUGAUGGGACUAUUAAUCUGUGAUCUCUGUUCUCUGUAUUAUUUGGAGGUCAAAUGCCGACUUGGAACAAAACGUCCUCAUUUGUCGACCCUGCUCCGUGAUGCUCACAUGGACGGGGUAAAUGUUAGAGGUAGCCGGUGAUCCAAAGUAUUGAUGCACUUUGCAGAGUUUAGUGGGGGGGGGAGGGGGGAAGCCAUUGAGAAAACAUGCUAAUUUCAGUUUUAAUACCGAUGCAGUAGUGUCCGAGUAGGACUAGUUUAAAUCAGAGAUCUUUAUUCUCAGUAAAUGUGAUGUGAACAUUGAUGAGACUCUGCAAUCCCGUGAAUACUAUUGGCUUCAAGUCCUGCAUGUUGGAACGCAUUUUAUCUAUACUGUUUGAACCGUGGGGAUCGGGGACGGGGGUGUUUUACUAUAUAUAGAGACUUUGGUUUAAUGCCAUUGGGAUUUAAAGGAAUCUGCUUUCUCAUUAAAUACAUAUACGGCACUUAAAAGCCCUGAAUAGUUAUCUUGUCAUGUUUAAGAAAUUUAAAGCUGUGCUGGGUGGUGCUCUAUGUGCUAUCCUGCUUUCCUAUCCGCCAUCCAGCUGUUUAAUAACCUUUUUUUGAAAGAGCACCUGCUAUAUGCUUUUAUUUUGUCCCACGCUGAAUCUGUGUCAAUGAAUUGGUUUUUACUAUUUCACCGUUCCCGUUUAAUUCUCCGAUCAGGUGAACGUUGCGUUUAUUUUUAUUUUUAUUUGCGUUGUUGUUUCUUUUCCUCCCGCUGAAUGUGCGGCCGUUGUCGUCACUCGUUGGCAGUUCAGAAAGCAAAACCAAAAUGUGGGGAGAUGUUGCAGAAACCGGUAUAGCUAGCUUUUCUUGGUCUUUGUAUGCAAGGAUGUAUCCCACACACACACACACGUAUUGGUCUUCACACCCACAGCCUGUCGACCCGUACACUGCUGUACAGUAGAAUGUCUCCUCUGGGCUUUUUGGUUUUUAUGUUUCUGUCGAACGCUGAUGUGGCUGCUGAUCCGACCUCAUCCAAAUCAGCAGCCGACCAAUCAGAAUCUGCCCACCGAGCAAAAGAAAGGCUUUUUCGUUUUGUUUUGUGAUUAAAUGGGUACAAACAUUGUGCCAAGAGUUCACGCCAAAGAGCUAAGGGUGAUUUGUAACCAUACACUUUGACUGUAUAAGCAUAAUUGAAUGCUCAUUUGGAAGAUUUAGUUAAUUUAAUGUAGGACUAGUUCAUUGCUAUUCGUAAGGAAUGUACGUUUCACAGCUUUAUAACAAUCACUCGUAUAAAUUUUGCCAAUUUGCUAAGACGACAUUAGGUGGUGAAGUCAUAAAUAACAUGAUAUAUUAAGCCAUACAAAAGCUGAUGCUAUAAAAGGUGUGCAAUAAUAGUAUUGUAAUUGUUUAAAGCCAAUGUAAACAAAAGAGAGAAAAUAAAAAGUGGCAUCUUGAAUUUAGUGCCUUGCCACAAGCUUUACAUUUUAGAUGCUGGCACUUAGAUCCCUGUGCCUCUUUCAUUGUGUAAUGGAUUGAAUAGAGAGAUUAUAAUAUAAAAUCCCCACAUCGGACACGAAGUCAUUAGAAAGGACUUCAUGUCAUUCUUGUCCAUGUGGUUGUUUUUUCAGCUCAAGUCCUGCCCCCUCGUUUUUGCGUUUUAUCAUUUAAUCGUUUUUUUUCUUUUGUUCUUUUUAUUGUCACAAAAUGAAUUUUGAGGCUUAACUGAUUCUGUAGCAAAUGAUUACAACCAAAUGAGGCGCUCCGUGUUUAGAGACUACACUGUAUCCCUCCUCUCCGACCACUGAGGACAAUCCUGACGAUGUACGGUAGUUUCGGGCAUUUCGGUGCAGAACGGAGACGCAUGAGAGACUCCAAUCUGCUUCCUCUCGGAGCGCUCGGACCACCUGUCAGGGGAACAUGCCGCUUGCGUGUUUAGCAGAGAAUAGACUAAACAGAGGAAGCUCACCCCCAUAUACUGUAGCCAAAUUGCUCGUCGCUCCAUCACAAAAUUGUAUGAAAAUGCCAAUGAAUAAUUCUGUAAUUCUUGUAUUUGUGUCAUCGAUUGUGCACUUAAGUUUAUUUUUUAU